AUGCUGGACAACAGGAUGUCCUACGGAGCGCACGUGGAGUACUCCACCAUAAAAGCUGCAAGGAUCCAAGGAGCACUCUCAGGGAUGCUGCCAAACGUGGGAGGCCCAAAGGAAGGCAGGAGACGUCUUUUAGCCAGUGUCGUCACGUCGGUCUUGCUGUACGCAGCGCCGAUAUGGGCUGCCGGCCCCGGAUUUAGAACCAUAUCCGAGGAAGCCGCCCUCGUUCUAGCCGGAAUGAUUCCCAUUGAUAUUCUGGCUAAUAAAGCGGAGGAAAUCUACGCAUCCAAUCGGCAACAGGGAAGGAAUUCAUCCCGAGAGGCCUUCAAGAGGUCAGCCCGACAAGCGGCAUUAUCCUCAUGGCAGGAGACGUGGGAUUCAACGGCCAAAGGUAGAUGGACGCACAGGCUAAUCACAAAAAUCCAGGAGUGGAUCGGAAGAAACAACGGUCAGGUUAGUUACCAGCUUACCCAGUUUCUUACAGGGGGUACAGAAAAUACCUCCAUAGAUUCGGACACGACGAAAGUCCAGUGUGCCCCAACUGCCCAGGAGCAUACGAGGACCCAGAGCACAUUUUGUACAAUUGUAGGAGAUAUCGUGCCAUCGUCGGAUAGCUACCAGAUCCGGAGGAGCUUGUGGAAUUCAUGUAUAGCUCACAGGAGCAAUGGACUGGAUCGCAAUCUGCCAAGCAAAGCUUUAAACAUGCCUCACGUCAACUUGAUCAAGCUCUACAGCAAGAAGAAACGUUUGUCCACGUUUGCUAUGGAGAGCUCACCCAAUUCUGAGCUCAGCGAAAGAAACCGUUAUGCCUAUUAG